AUGACCAGCCGCGCACGCACCGUCGCGGCAGCCGCGGAGAGAGAGCCCGUCGUCGUGUACGUCAAGGGGGACCCGGCGACCAAGACGCUCACGGACUGCCCCUUCACGCACCGCGCCCUGCUGGCCCUCGAGGAGCGCGGCAUCCCCACCCAGUACGUCUACAUUGACCUCGCAAACAAACCGAAGUGGUUCCUCGAAGCCGUGAACCCGGAAGGAACGGUCCCGGCGCUAGUCGUCGACGAAGCGACCGUCGACCGCGCCGCGCGGUACCUCUGCGACAGCGGGAAGAUCGUGGAGUGGGCGGACGCGCACGGCGACCCCCCCGCGGGGCAGCUGAAGGACCCCGAGGGGUCCCCCGGCGUCGCGGCGGGCCUCUUCCCGGCGCUGCGCACGCUGAUGUUCGCCGCGAGCGAGGCGGACGUGCCGGCGGCCGUCGCGGGGCUCGAGGCGCAGCUGUCGUCGCUGGAGGCGUUCCUCUCGCUCGGCGGCGGGCCGUUCAUCGGCGGCGCUCGCCCCACGGCCGUGGACUGUCGGUUAGGGCCGCAGGUGUAUCAUGCGGCGGUGGCGGCGAACUGGCGGCACGGGUGGAGCAUCCCGGCGAGCAUGCCCAAGGUGCGCGCGUAUCUCGAGGCGUGGAAGGGGCGGGCGUCGUGGCGGGCGACGGAGUACGGCGACGCGCUGGUGGUGGCGGGUUGGACGUGGAAAAUCAAGCGGGAGUUCGGCGGGACGAUGCCGGAGGUGAAGAAGGUGCUGGGGUAG